UCCAGGCUCGGCGCAAUGGCAUCCCCAUCACGGAGGCUGCAGACCAAGCCAGUCAUCACCUGCCUGAAGAGCGUCCUCCUCAUCUACACCUUCGUCUUCUGGUUCACUGGCAUCGUCCUCCUAGGCGUUGGCAUUUGGGCCAAGGUGAGCCUGGAAGUCUACUUCUUCCUGCUGAACGAGAAGGCCAGCAAUGUUCCGUACGUCCUGAUCGGGGCAGGAUUGGUGGUCGCUCUGCUCGGCACCUUCGGGUGUUUUGCCACCUGUCGCGGAAGCACAUGGAUGCUGAAGCUGUAUGCCAUGUUCUUAACCCUCAUCUUCCUUGUGGUGCUGGUGGCUGCCAUUCUGGGUUUUGUCUUCAGACAUGAGGUGCGUGCUGUGUCUUCGAUAAUUCUCCGUUUUACUGGGGUAAAAAUGGAACUUCCUGUUAUUGUUUUCCUCAGGAAGUUUGCCGUAGGAUCCUCUUUUGUUUUCCUUGAAGACCGGAGCUUUCCAAACACUAAGGAUUCCUGAAAAAUCCUUCCAGUGAAGGUCAUUUCAUUCAAAAGCAAUCUCCAUACCUU